AUGUCCUACAUUUGGCCUCUCAUUAUUCGGCUUUCCUUCUUACUUUUUUUAAUUCUUUAUUUAUUCGUUUGUUUUCCUUCUUUCUUUCUUUCUUUCUUUCUUUCUUUCUUUCUUUCUUUCUUUCUUUCUUUCUUUCCUUCUUUUUUUAAUUCUUUAUUUAUUCCGUCUUCGUCUUUUUUUCUUUCUUUUAUUCAUUCUUUUAUAUUUAUACUCAUUCUCUUCCCACAUCGUUAUUUUUUCUCUGAUCUUUUUCUUAACUUUUACAUUUUUCUUAAACGUUUCAUUCAUCAUUUUCUUCUUUAUUUAUUUAUUUUCGCCAUUCAUUCUUCAUUUAUUUUCAUUCUGUUUGUUUUUUUUUUUUUGCAUCCAUCUUUAUCUCUGAUCUUUUUCUCAACUUUUAUAUUUGUAUCAAACGUCUUCUCAUACGUCAUCUUCUUUCUUCCUUUUUUUCCUUCUCUAUUUCUUUUUUUUUUUACUUUCUUUCAUUCAAUCUUUAUUUAUUUUCACUCUGCCUUUUUCUUUUCGCAUGGUUCUUAUUCGUCAUUAUUUUCUUUCUUUCUUUCUUUCCAACUUUCUUUCUCUCCUUCAUUCAUUCUUUGUUUAUUUUCACUCUGUAUUUUUCUUUUGACAGGGUUCUUCUUAUUCGCCAUCAUAUUUCUUUCUUUCUUUCUUUAUUUAUUUAUUUAUUUAUUUUCACUCUGA